AUGAACGCUAGUGACGGAGUCUACGCGGAGCUGUACGCUCACAUAUAUCGCUAUAACUUUAGUGGCAUUUUCUACUUUGCCAAUGAGCAAGAAAAUCAAAGCUGUCAGAUUGAAAAGUGGCUGCCAAUAGCUGGAAGCACCAUACCUACGCUAAUAUGGCGCACAUUUAAAACUGCGCAACUGAAUCUAGUGAUGAAUGAAGAACUGCUGGUUCUGGCAUGUUUGCCUGCUGUUUAUCGACAGGAUUUGUUAAAAACUUUGGUAACAAACUUUGGGGACACAAAUAGAAUAUACAGCUUUGACGCUUAUCCGGCGUAUGAACUACACAGUGUAGAAUUGAAAGGCCAAUACUUGUUUGAAGAUAAAACUUAUAAUCUAAAAGGCUACAAAAUGUUAACAUUGCCCGAUCUAUCAGAACCAAAUACUAUACUCUAUUACGAUAAGCAUGGAACAGCGAGGAUGUUGGGGUAUGUGUGGCAGAUGUUAACAGCGUUUUGCCACAAGCACAAGGCUGACUUGCAGCUUGCUUUAGAGCCUAAGCACUUAAGGCCGUUGACGCAAAUACAAGUCUUGGAUUUAGCACGUGAUGGCAUUGUGGACUUACCUGCAAGCGUUCAACCGUUGGCGAUACGUUAUCCUGAGCGUUAUCAUGAGUAUGCUUAUCCAGCAACGGUGGCCGGUUGGUGCACUAUGUUGCCCUUGGAGUCGCUUAUAAGUGUGCCUUCAUUCUACAGCUGGCUGCUGCCUGUAGCAACCUUAAGUUUUCUGGUGCUCCUGGGACUCAUUUAUCUACUGUUGCAAGAACGUUGGCGUCGCUUAAAACUUGCCUGGCUGGUGCUCGCUAUGUGGCUUACUUGCACUAUUGUCGGCAGCUUGAGCUCACUUUUUAUUGCGCCACCCACGGAACGGCAAAUCGAUAGUUUUCAAGCUUUAUCAGAUGCUAAAUUGCACAUUUUUGGAUUGCGUGCUGAAUACAACAAUUUCGACUUUGAUAUGCGCACCAAAUAUGCGAGCGCUUUUCGUCUCACGGAUAAAAUGUCCGAAUUGAUUGCAAUGCGGAAUUCUUUAAACACCAGCUUUGCCUAUACUGUAACCUACUCCAAGUGGUUGUUGUAUGCGGCGCAACAAGCUCAUUUGCCCAGACCAUUGUUUCGCUUUUCACAGGAUAUCUGCUAUUAUCAGCAUGUGCCUUUUGCUUUGGUUAUACCCGAGGAUUCACCGCAUCGUGUACAUUUACAAAGAUUUAUGCUGCAAUUAGGCGAAUCCGGCUUAUUCAAACACUGGAUUUCCAACAGUUACCAUUAUAUGCAGGAAGCGGGACGCCUAAACUACAAGCCACAAGCGCAGGUCAUCAUGCAACGCCAGGAGCACGGCUUAGCGAUGGAGGAUCUUUAUGGCUUAAUUAAAGCCUUCGCUAUAGGUUUAGUUGUAAGCACGGGUUUGUUUAUCUCCGAAUUGUUACUAUAUCGUUUUCGUGUUUGGGCUGGAUAUGUAGACAAUUCAACACUAUAA